GCGGCUGCGACGGUGGCGGCCAUGGAGCGGGACGGGGAGCAUCUGUUCACGCGGCCAGCUCUGGAGACCGAGGGGCUGCGCUUUCUGCACGUCACGGUGGGCUCCUUGUUGGCCACCUAUGGCUGGUACAUCGUCUUCAGCUGCAUCCUUCUCUACGUGCUCUUUCAGAAGCUUUCCACCCGGCUGAGGGCCUUGAGGCAGAGGCAGCUGGACCGAGCUGGGGCUGCUGUGGAACCUGAUGUUGUUGUUAAACGACAAGAGGCUUUAGCAGCUGCUCGCUUGAAAAUGCAAGAAGAACUAAAUGCACAAGUUGAAAAGCAUAAGGAAAAACUAAGACAACUUGAAGAAGAAAAAAGAAGACAGAAGAUUGAAAUGUGGGACAGCAUGCAAGAAGGUAGAAGUUACAGAGGAAGUACGAGAAAGCCUCAGGAAGAAGACAGUCCUGGACCUUCUACUUCAUCUGUCAUCCCGAAACGGAAAUCUGACAGAAGGGCUUUGCGGGGAGGUGGUUAUAACCCUUUGUCUGGUGAAGGAGGAGGAGCCUGUUCCUGGAGACCUGGACGCAGAGGCCCGUCAUCUGGCGGAUGAGGCUAAGAAUCUUGCUAGUGUCACUUUUGACAUUAGUAAGAUGAGUCAUUAACCCUCGAUUCAGUUGCCUUACGCAUGCUUUUCACAGUGACUAGCCAAAGGCAGGUGGGGUUUAUUUCUGAUACCUGAGUGUUUAAGGGCUUCAGUCAGCAUAGGGUAUAGACAUUACCACUAGGCAUUAGGUCAGUGGUCACACUCCACUUAAAGAUAGGUGAUUGAUUUCAUGAUUAAUUGCUAGUUGAUAGGUAAAGGCCUCCAGAUGAUUAACAGUCUUGAUAAAAGAGGCCUAGCAGUGAUCAUUUAAGUUAUAAGUCCUUGCUGAUAGGACAGUCUCUGUGACAGGUUGCGUUGAAUGAUGUCUUCCUUAUAAAUGGUGAGCCCACCAGUGAGGAUUACUGAAGCAGACAGUUGAUGGGGUUUAUUUCUGUAUAUUUAUUUUUGUGUACAAAACUUUGUAGAAAAGAAACUUGUAAAUAUUAAAAAAGAAAUUGCAAAUAA